UCCUUUUUGCUCAGAUCUUUGAUCUCUCCUAUAAUCUCCGUAUAAACUCUGAUUCGCUGUAAAUAUCAUCUUUGAAGUGCACAACUGAUCAUGGCGCUCGCUGAAGUUUGUGGCCUCAAUAAUUACGUGAAUUUCACAUCUUUCGAUGAUAAAAAUCAGCUGCAGAAUGAAAUUGACAGUUACAGCAGGAAUUUCGGGAAUAACCUGUCUUUAGCUGUUCCUCCGUACGCAAAUCCGGCUGAAGGGCUUGCCCAGCUGGCCAGUGUACCAGAUGACAAUGGCAAGAACUUGAAAAUAAAAUUUGAUCAUGGAACAACAACUCUUGGUUUCCGUUACCAAGGGGGUGUCGUCCUGGCUGUCGAUUCUCGAGCCACUGGGGGUCAAUUCAUCGGCUCUCAGAGUAUGAAAAAAAUCGUUGAAAUCAAUGAUUACUUACUGGGUACUUUGGCUGGUGGUGCUGCUGACUGCGUGUACUGGGAUCGAGUUCUUGCCAAACAGUGUCGCAUGUACGAAUUGAGAAACAGAGAACGAAUAUCAGUAGCUGCUGCCAGUAAACUCAUCUCCAACAUGGUUUACAAUUAUAAAGGAAUGGGACUGUCCAUGGGGAUGAUGAUUGCGGGAUGGGAUAAACGUGGACCAGGCCUCUACUACGUCGACUCUGAAGGCACCAGGACUCCCGGAAAGGUGUUCAGCGUAGGCUCAGGGUCAGUAUUUGCGUUUGGAGUUUUGGAUUCUGGUUAUAACUGGAAUCUCACUGACGAGGAAGCCUAUGAUCUGGGAAGGAGAUCUAUUUACCAUGCCACACACAGAGAUGCUUAUUCUGGAGGCAUUAUCAGAGUUUACCACAUGAAAGAAACUGGUUGGGUGCACAUUUCUGACGAAGACUGUAAGGACCUCCACUACAUGUACCAGGAGGAAAAGCAGAACGCUGUCAAUUAAUUUCGACUUCAUCAUUCUCUUA